AUGGCUAUUCGCUCCCAUCUUCCUGAGCAACCAAAACAAAAACUUCUGUUCGUUGCGUUUGAUGGAACAUGGCAUGGCAGUGUCAAAAACUCGAAGGAGACCGUAGUAUCUAGCCUGCCCGAUCUCAUCUCCAAGAGCGAGCACAUUCGAAAGAUUCGCGUCAACGGAGUCGGGACUGAUGGCUUAACAGACAAGAUUCUUGGAGGUCUUGGUGGUUGGGGCACGCGAAGGAAUGUCAUAACUGCUUAUCGCAAUAUCGCCGACGACUAUAACGAGGGCGAUAGGAUUGUCUUUUGUGGCUAUUCACGAGGCGCAUGGGCGGCUCGAUAUCUAGCAAUGAUGAUUGAAUGCCUCGGCCUAGUUCGAGACGGGGACACGGAAUUCUUCAAGCGUUUGUAUGACGCUUGCAAAAAAGACCCGUAUCUUACCAAGGCCAACAAGGAGGAGCUACGACGCAAUUACGACUUCUGGGAUGACAUUCAAAUCGAUGCACUCUGCUGUUUCGAUACAGUUGGUUCGCUUGGUAUCCCACUGUUUGGUAUUGCAAAGCCACUGUCCUAUCUCCACCGAAGCAAGUAUAAGGCCAAGGUCAUAGACCAUGUUCCAAACAACGUGAAAUAUUCCUUCCAUGCUCUGGCCCUACACGAAACCAGAAGUCCUUAUAGUCCAACUUACAUGUGUGGACACAGCGUCCACCAGGUUUUCUUUCUAGGCGAUCAUGGUAACAUGGGCAAGCUUGGGCAGCAGGAAGGCCUUGUUCAUGCCCCUCUCGCUUGGAUGGUCCAACAACUAUCUUCCCACUUGGGUGUUUCUUUUGACGAGGACAAACUCAAAAGACGCUUCCCAAGCUACACGUCUGAAGGGCAACCUGGAAGAAUGUCCCGACAGGGUACACACGACACCGCGCACGAGGCCAUGAUGAAACAUGCCUGGUGCUGCCCGAGCGGAUCUAUCCCAGGAGCUGGCGUCGGCAGGCUAGUCAUCAUGGGUAGAAAGGAUCGCAACCCAGGAAUGGUUCUCAACUACUGUGAUGCUGAUUGCACCGAUUCCAGUACUGACGAAUCAGCUCGUCAUGAAACUGCUUCUACUCAUGCCCAAAUACAUAUUGGCGCUCGUGGAAGACAAGAAUGUGGCUUUGGCGAUGCAGUGCCAGGGUAUCUUGGUGUUCAACCAAUGGAUCCGAACCAAGUGUUUUUCUGGAAGAGAAGAGCGACGGGUGAGCAGGAAUUUGUUGCUUCGGAUGUUAUUCAGGAGGCAAAGGUUGGGUUUCUGGAGGCGAGGCUCUUGGGACUUCCUGCGGCGGCGGCUAGUCACCCAGAUUGCUGUGGCCUGAACCGUAUACGACAAGAGGGGGUUGAUGCUGAAGUCUCAGCAGAGAAUGAAGAGACAUGGGACUCAAAAUUGAACCAAGGUACACGAGUGAGGGUCAAGAACUGGGUUCAAAGACGUUUGGGUGGUGGCUUGAUACGUCUCGCCGUGAUGUUGUAA